GUAGUGCUGGUGUGUGGUAAAGCGGUGUACCUACACGCUACAGGUGCAGCCUUGCAGGUAUUGGUUUGUAAAGAAAUACCCUUUGAGUGGUAUAUUGACUGAAAAAUAAAAAACGAAAUUAUGUUGCAGCGAGUUAGUAUUUUGUAUGCUGUUAAGCAGCGCGGGAGCAUCGGACGAAACUUAACGAAAGGAAAUAGCACCACAAAUCUUGCAGGUGACUGAGGGUCCUGACUGGCGACGCGAUUUCAUCCUCAACAACACCAACAUCAGCUUGGAGUCGCUGGUCGUGAUUCUGGAAGAUGAUACUCCAUUCAUGCAAGAAUUGUUUGACCUGUUCGUGGAUGAAGAAGAAGAAAAAGAGACUCUGCAGUCAAUCUGGCCACCCGGGAUAUUCAACUGGAAGGCCAACAGCGAAGGCUGGCCAGAAGUCUUGUAUAGAUUCUACAACGAUAGCAUCAUAAAACCGGGCAUCCUACGCGCCAUCGCGCACUGGGAGGAACACACCUGCGUCAAGUUCAGGGAUGUUGGAACGGGAGGCGCGUACCCACACGUGGUGUUCCAGUGGAGCGCCAACUACUGUUCAUCUAAUGUUGGUCGUAAACCAAUAUCGUUCAGCGGACAGGCUGUGCAGCUCACUACUGGAUGUCUUCUAGAUGUUGGUGUAGUGAUCCAUGAGAUCGGGCACGCGCUGGGGCUGUGGCACCAGCAGACGCGCCACGACCGCGAAUAUAACGUCAAAGUCAUCUUCGGCAAUAUGGCCUUCUCCAACAUCUUCAACAACUUCCCCUUAAUCACCGAGAACUACGGCGUGCCUUACGACUACACGUCCAUCAUGCACUACGAUACUCUGGGGUUCAGCACAGGUAACAGCGUCCUAGUGACCAGGAACGUCAUGGCUCAGGGGCUGAUCGGUAACAGGAAAGGACUCUCUCACAUGGACAAGAAAAUUGUCAACAUUCAGUACGGCUGCAUCGACAAGUGGCUGGAGGCGUGUUCGCAGAGCUCAGAUCCGUGCUUAAAUUUCGGCUACUUUGGUUCGGACUGCAAGUGUGUGUGUCCAGACGGCACGACAGGCGAGCGGUGUCAGGUCAAGGAGAUGGACUACACAGACGCCAUGAUAGCCGAGCGCCUGCCCCACAACAGCGACGUUACCACAGCGGGGACGGUGUCCACCCCCAAUUAUCCUACGCCGCUCAACGAAGGUGGGCGGUACACGACGCGCAUCACAGCGCCCGCAGGCAAGAAAGUCUCCUUGAAGUUCAACGCGUUUGAUCUUGCGGACAGAUGUAGUAGAACUGGUGGAAAUAUAUGCUGCUUAGAUGGACUUGAAAUACGUCUGAACGGCCUCACAUCCGGGACGUGGUACUGUGGGAAAGAAAUAGCAGCAGGGACCGAGUUCACGAGUGCCGGUAAUGAACUCGUGCUGUACUUCUCAGGCCUGAACUACACAGACUACUCCUUCAUGACGGAACACACAGGCUACAGCGCUGAAGUAACUUUCGUCUGAAGGAACAAAUUCAGUCAUAAAAAGCCAAAGAACCAGAGGAAAAAACAAUUUAAUGAAACAAAAUUGUACAGAAAAUAAUGAGAGCAUUUCAAAAUUCAGUGAUACAAUAGUUUCUCCUAGUGAAAUUACGCACAACAUAGGAUAGGUAGACAUUUCAUGAUUCAAUCCCGCAAUAAUGUCAAUAAUUCGAUAUCCCCACAGGUGAAUAAAUGCAUUUCCCUCAAAUCUGUGUAAGAAAAAGAUAGCCCAGGAUUUAAAAUGUCUUCUGUGCAUGCAUAAAAUGCAAGUUAUAUAAAAAAAUACAAUUUUAA